GACCAGCUGCAGUCCACACAUAGCAGAAGUUCCUUGUUUACCAGGUACGGAGGGUCAUAAUCUCUGACUGCAAAUGCUGGCACCUCCAGAGACCAAGGGAAAAAGCAGGGGCAGAGUGGCAGUCUGGGAAGAAGCAGCCCACACCAGAUCCUCUGGCCUGCGGGUGACAGGCCUAGGAAUAGCAGGUAGGGGAUCUGUUGGGGGCCAGAGACUAAAAGCAAUAAGGUGUAGAUAAUGCAGAGGGUUAGGAAGAGGUCCCCCAGAAGGGGGAGAAGAGCGUCCCAGGUGCUAACCCUUCCCACAUCCAGGGGUCUGCAACAGCCAUCACAACAUCUGAAACCAUGGCCAGUGGAGAGGAUGGGCCGAGGAGCUGUGUGGUGUGCGGGGACCGAGCCACAGGCUAUCAUUUCCACGCCCUGACCUGUGAGGGCUGCAAGGGCUUCUUCAGACGAACAGUCAACAAAAGCAUUGGUCUCACCUGCCCCUUUGCUGGAAGAUGUAAGGUUAACAAGGCCCAGAGACGCCACUGCCCAGCCUGCCGGUUGCAGAAAUGCCUAGACGCUGGCAUGAAGAAGGAAAUGAUCCUGUCAGCAGAAGCCCUGGCAGCGCGGCGGGCGAAGCAGGCCCAGCGGCGGGCCCGGCAAGUCCCUGCGCAGCUGAGCAAGGAGCAGGAGGAGCUGGUGCGGACACUCCUGGGGGCACACAGCCGCCAUGUGGGCACCAUGUUCAACCAGUUCGUGCAGUUCAGGCCUCCUGCUCAUCUGUUCAUCCAUCACCAGCACCUGCCCGUCCCAGUCCCCAAACUGCCCCUGCUCACGCACUUUGCGGAGGUCAACACCUUCAUGGUACAGCAAGUCAUCAAGUUCACCAAGGACGUGCCUCUCUUCCGGUCCCUGCCCAUGGAGGACCAGAUCUCCCUGCUCAAGGGAGCAGCGGUUGAAAUCUGUCAUGUCGCACUCAAUACCACUUUCUGUCUCCAAACACAAAACUUCCUCUGCGGGCCGCUCUGCUACACGCUGGAAGACGGCGUCCAUGCGGGGUUCCAGGAAGACUUUUUAGAGUUGCUCUUUCGCUUUCAUGCAACACUGAGACGACUCCAGCUCCAGGAGCCCGAGUAUGUGCUCAUGGCUGCCAUGGCCCUCUUCUCUCCCGACAGGCCUGGGGUUACCCGGAGGGAGGAGAUCGAUCGUCUGCAAGAGGUGACGGCACUGACCCUGCAGAGCUACAUCAAAGGGCAGCCGCCAAGGCCUGGGGAUCGGUUUCUGUACGCGAAGCUGCUGGGCCUGUUGGCUGAGCUCCGCAGCAUUAACAACGCAUAUGGGUACCAAAUCCAGCACAUCCAGGGCCUGUCCGCCAUGAUGCCGCUGCUCCAGGAGAUCUGCAGCUGAGGACCCCACUUGCCUCCUUCCACAGCCCAUCUGGACACGUUGGACUGGAAAGGGGAAAAUGCUGGGGCCAGAGGUUGGGACCAGUAGGGAGGGAGCCCAGUGGUUGCAAUGAAAGACUAAAGCAGU